CCCAAAAAGAGAAUAAAAACACUCCAAUUGCUCCCCAAACAUUUCAAAACUCUAACCUUUUUCUUCUAGGGUUUCAUCUCUCUCUCUCUACCUUAUCCAAACCCUAGGGGUUUAAGCGAGAUGAAUCAGAGCACUGAUUUCCAUCUCCCAGACGAAAUCCUCUCGGUGAUCCCGACGGAUCCCUACGAUCAGUUGGAUUUAGCGAGGAAAAUCACUUCGCUGGCGAUUGCAUCUAGGGUUUCCAAGCUGGAAUCGGAGACGGGGAGGCUGAGGCAAAAGGUCGCUGAGAAGGAUCGGACGAUUGAAGAGCUGCAGACGAAGUUAUCGAAGCUGGAGGGUUUGUUUGAAGAGGCUGAUUCUAGGCUUAGAAUCACUGUUGGAGAGAAUGUUAAGUUGUCGAAGGAGCGGGAUUCAUUGGCUAUCACCACAAAGAAAUUAGCUCGGGACUUGGCAAAGUUGGAGACAUUCAAGAGGCAUCUUAUGCAGUCACUGAGUGAAGAUAACUCAUCUCAAGCAGAAACUGUUGAUAUAAGGACUUGUGACCAGACAGUUGCUAAGCCUCCUAUUUGGAAAGAGAGAGGGUCUGUUAGCUACACUUCAUCAAAUUUGACAGGUGGUUUUGCCGAAUCAGCCGACACAGUUCAGGAUGGACAAAAGUCUGGUGGACAGAAAAUAACACCAUAUAUCAGCCCUCGAUUCACUCCAACUGGUGGCUCUCCUAAACGAUAUUCUACGGCUGGAUCACCAAAUAUGACCUCUGGAGCCACUUCUCCUACAAAACCUCGUCUUGAAGGAUACACUUCCAUGUCACCGUGGUAUCCCUCUAGCCAGCAGUCUUCGGCAGCCAACUCUCCACCUCGUGGACGCUCUUUGCCAGGUCGCACUCCUCGUAUUGAUGGAAAGGAGUUCUUCCGUCAGGCUAGGAGCCGUCUUUCUUAUGAGCAGUUUGGGGCAUUUUUAGCCAAUAUUAAGGAGCUCAACGCCCACAGGCAAUCUCGUGAGGAAACCUUGAGAAAGGCGGAAGACAUUUUUGGUAUGGAUAACAAAGAUCUUUUUCUAUCCUUUCAAGGCUUGCUCAACCGCAAUCUUCCUUAAAAGAUGAGGCAACCGACACUUAGGCAGGGAACAUCCAGCUUGUUGUAACAUUUGCAUUCCGGCUCUUACAUGAUGGCUAUCGGUAUCAAAAUACUGCAUGGAUUUGUGUCUCGGCUCGUUAAUUAUUCAAGAGUCGUUUUGGCGAUGCGUGUAAAGUGCCAAUAUUGGAGUUCUUCAGACUUCCACAUUUCCUUAUCAUCAAGUAGCUUUCUACUCAAAAGCUAAGAGGGCUUUGAUGGUUUUUUUGUAUGUAUGUAAAAUUGUGGCAAGGUAACUUAAGUAUUGCGUCCUAGUUCUCUGGGACAUUCAAGCUUCUUCAUGUGCUACGUAGAAUUAGUAGCCAUUAUCCAAUCAUAUUUCACUUUAUGAGACUUCACCCGCAACAACUUACCGCAUGUUACAUUGAUAAAAUUUAAUGGGCUGGUUCAGACAUUUUGGUAGGAAACACUGUAAUGGGGACGCUUAUCCUAAUUUGUGUGGGUCAUCUAUGUGGUUAGUUUUA